ACAACAUAUCUGCUUGCCAUCUGAAGACACUACCAUGGAGAUCAAGCCAGCGGUGAUCCUUGUGGCCUGUGUGUUAUUCUGCAUCAGCAACAGAGGCACUGCAGCAUCGUGUAGAACAUCAGACAUUGUUGUCCAGACGGAGACCUACCCGGAUCCGGGAGGAAGGCCGGAGUACUUCGUGAACGUGUUGAACAACUGCGGCAGCUGCAUGCAGAAGAACGUGAAGCUGGCGUGCCCGGGGUUCAACUCUUCCAUCGAGGUCUACCCGGACACCGCCAUCAAGCCGGACGGCGACGGCAAGCUCUGCACCCUCUACGCCGGCCGCCCGGUUGGGCCUAAAGAGAAGGUCUUCUUCAACUACGAGUGGAGUACCAAGUUCAGUUUCAACCCCGUCUCCUCCACCAUCGUAUGUUAGAUGUAUAAAAUGCGAAUAAAUGAUAUCAUGGACAUUCGAAAAGGUGCGACGGCGACCCGGGUGUCCCGGCACCCUAUUAUCUUGUCCGUCCAG